AUGGGGAGGGCGCCGUGCUGCGACAAGGCGACGGUGAAGAAGGGGCCGUGGUCGCCGGAGGAGGACGCCAAGCUCAAGGCCUACAUCGACGAGAACGGCACCGGCGGCAACUGGAUCGCCCUGCCGCAGAAGAUCGGGCUGAAGAGGUGCGGCAAAAGCUGUAGGCUCAGAUGGCUCAACUAUCUGAGGCCAAACAUCAAGCACGGUGACUUCACAGAGGAAGAGGAGCACAUCAUUUGCAGUCUCUACAUUAGCAUCGGCAGCAGGUGGUCGAUCAUCGCGGCGCAGCUGCCGGGGAGGACGGACAACGACAUCAAGAACUACUGGAACACCAAGCUCAAGAAGAAGCUCCUCGGCAAGCGCGCACCUCACGGUCACUCCCUUGCCGCCACUGACGUCGUGGAAGCCGAGCAACAGCUAAACCCUUCCGCUGGCGCGAGCUAUGACAUGCCGGUGCCGGGAAGUUUCGAGGAGCGAUCCGCCUCCAAGCUAGGGUUUGGCUCUGCUGCCGGCGAGGUCGCUGGAGUGGCCAGUACCGUCGAGAUGAGCUCGGGGUCAAUGGUAGGCGGUGGCUUCGGCUACGGCCACGUCGACGAGCUGUACGACUUCCUCUACAGCAAGCAGCUAGCUGCAGCCGGAGCCUUUCAAGGCGGAGUUCCUCCGCUGCCUGAGCUGCAGUGCCCAGAUGGCGGCGCUGUCGUCGGUGCCGACGAGAAGUUCUCCACGUGGAUGGCGUCUUGCGAUCACUAUGUUCCUACGACCGGCGGCCAGCAGCUCCAGCUCCAAGCAGGCGGAAACUCCAUGAAUCUGCAGGAUUUCGUUUUAGGGUAUGAUCAAUAA